CCAUUUCGCCUCCAUKAUUCCUUUGAACAAAACCAAAAUAUACAAGUUUCUUAGUAAUCUAAACAUAGUUUCCAAUCCAUCCUAACAAACAAAUUCAAUUUUCAUCCCAAAUUCUAGAACUAGAACUACAACAAUGGCUUCCUUGAAACUUCCAUCCCUACUUCCACUACCCCUUUACACCCUUUGCUCCAUUCCUUCCUCUAAAUCCGUCCACAAUCUCUCCAUUCCGUACCCCCAUCACCAUAACCAUUACUUGCGCCAAAGGACUCGUAGUAGAAGCAGUCUGGUUGUUGUUGUUGGUGCUAACAAAAAAGAUAUCGAGAUUGAAUUGGAAUCAAAUACCAAUUCUGCUUCUGCAAUCGCAACCACAGUUGAUGAUGACGGUGAUGAUUUUGAAGAAGACCCAGAUCCGCAAGACCUCGAAUAUGUGUCCCAAAUCAAAAGAGUUUUGGAGCUUCUGAAGAAAAAUAGAGACAUGCUCUUUAGUGAGGUUAAGUUGACGGUGAUGAUCGAGGACCCGAGAGAAGUUGAGCGAAAGAGACUUCUUGGGAUUGACGAUGCUGAUGCUCCGACAAGAGAUGACUUGGCUGCUGUUCUUGAAGAAGUGAACGAAGGGAAAAUUCCACGAGACCGUGCUGCUCUUCAGAUGCUGGCAGAGGAAAUGGUUCAAUGGCCUAAUUUAGAGGUUGAAGCAACCAAAAAGGGGCCACGCAAAUCGUUAUAUGCGAAAGCUACAGACACGGGUAUCGAUCCUGUAGUGGCUGCGAAGAGGCUUAACAUUGACUGGGAUUCAGCCGCAGAGAUUGAGGAAGAUGAUACUGAUGACCAAAAUGAAGUCCCUUCGGCCGUGGGAUACGGAGCGCUAUACUUGGUGACGGCAUUUCCGGUGAUAAUUGGUGUAUCGGUCGUGUUGAUUCUUUUCUACAACUCUCUCCAGUGAGAAUGAUGAUGGUAUGAUUAAGUUUACAAAGAUUUUGGUGUUGCUGUGAGUCGAGGCUCGUGUAUUUGAUAUGAUACAUAGUGGAAAGUUUUCCGGCUUGUGUUUGCUCUCCAUUCUAUGGCUCACCGGUUCAAGUUGGGACGGAUCCAACCCACACCGGUGAAUAUGGUGGCACGGGCGAUCGCUCUGUUAUAGUGUAAAAGAUUUUAGGGUCGUGAAAGGUGCCACCUUAUUAUUUUGAUGUGUGCAAUCGUAUAUAUUUUGAAACUACAAUGAUAACAUAAAUUUCUGAUGGUAGAGUAGGGUUGCAUGACUUUUCUCCCAUUCCAGGUGCAUGCUUGAAUCCUAUUAGUCUCGUUUACUUG